GUUUUUCAAAAUUUUAAAUUCCAUAUACAAACAUCACACACACAGACAUAAUUGGAACACAAAUGUUUGGCUAAACCCAGUGCAGUAAAUUGAGAUUAACGGCAGUAUGGCAUCCAAGCAGCCCACCACUCAGCAAUUGGCGUAUCUCGAUGAGCUGAAGCAGCGUCUGAAAGAGUUGCGCAUGCGUCAGGAAACUUUCAUGGAGCAGACGGCCGAAAUGUUGCGGGACAUAAGCACGGCGAGUCCGUUGGCGGUGGGGCCAACAGUAGUGGUGGUAGCGGCGCCGCCAGCUGCACAGGUGCAGGUGCCAACUGUUGUGGUCGAUACGGGCGAACGCGUUGGCAGCAUUAAGCAGUUGAUACAACGCUUUGAGGAUUUGCGGCAGUCAUCGAAACAGUUUAGUGAUCUGCAGAUGCCGGAGGAGCUGGUGGGCGUCGAUGUGCGCAAACUGCUGAAAGAUUAUGAGCGACUGAUACUCGAGGGAAAUGUAUUGCAAAAGUCCUGGUCCAUGCUAAAGAAAACUACGGAAAGCUGUGCGCGUCAGAAGUCCAUACCUGAAAAACGUUGCGGACGUUCAAAAAUCAAGUCGAAGCAGUCAGUCAAGUCAAUUCACGAACAAGAUUACGAUACAGAUAUUGAAGACUAUUAUUUUUUAAAGAAACGUAGCACAGCUCAAGUCACUGGCCAUCGUAAUCGCAAUCGAUUUGGCGCAAUGUUUCACUUUGCCAUUCGCUUCAAUCCGCUAAAGAAAUGCAUGAGAAAUAACCAAAAAGCUGCUUGAGUGAAAUACUUGCCGUUAAUUAAAACACCAGCAAUAGUUUAAAUGCAUCUUCAAAUUCCGUUAAAUGCAAUAAAAAUAUAAAAAA